AUGAGUCAAACCGAUCCUAAUGAUGCAGUGGAAGAGGAUCAUCAGGAGGAAAACGAGCUUCUUGAUCCUCAAGGAGGUUCUGAGGAUGAAGACAUGCCCUUCGAUUUUUACAUACCAUUUGCUGUGUUGCUAGGCGAAAAAAGGUGGGAUCAGCUUAUUCCAAUUGAGUCAACUCCUGAAAAAGAGCUAGAACCCGCGCCGAUCCUUUUGCCUGCGAGUCGAGUCAAAAAGGUGAUGAAAAUGGAUCCAGAUGUGAAUAUUAUAUCAAAACCAGCGCUAAAUUUAAUGACAAAAGCUACAACGUUAUUUAUCGAUUUUCUAGCAAGCAAGACUGAGGAGUGGAUGAAUAUGGACAGCGGAAAGCAAGUAAAAGUAGUUGAAUUCAACUUUGAUUCAGGUUUGUCGAAGACAUUCACCUCUUCAGUUUCUAUUAGAUGA